AUGCCUAGAGGAAUAGAUCAGGAGCAGCAACCGCUGAGGGGUUCACCUAGUUCUCAUGUUAAUUACAUAGAAAUGCGGAUAGACCGACAAAAAGCAGAGCAUGGUGAUGUUCCUCAGAAUAAUGUUUCAAACAAUACUCCUGGUAGCUUUGGUGCUCACCAUACAUCUAUAUUCGAUCAAAAUAUAGGUUCCUUUCGGGGGGUUAAUUCUUUGGGUAGGUUUGCGACUUCUUUUCAGAGGGCUAAUUCGUUUAAAGCAAUCGAAUUAAACACAGGUAAAGAACGUGCAUUUCUGAAAGAUGGCUACGACGAGUUAUAUGACCCUGACACAUUAGCACCGUCUUUAAAUGGUAGGCGGUUGUCGAUUGCCAUUGGAGGUCAGGGAUCUGUGUCUAUUCGUCCUUGCAUUACUGAUUUGUAUGGUAGUAUUGGUACUGGUGACUCAAACACUCCCAGAAGAGACAGUGAAGCAAUCUUGGACGAUGUGGACUCCAUGCGUUUGGGACGGGGAUUUUCGAACCAGUCACUGACCUUCCAUGAUAUUAAUAAUGGUAUCUCUCUUGAUGAAGACUCAAUAUUGUUGAAACAAGUGGAAACCAAGGGGAAGGUGAUUACCGUGAUAGCAGGGCAGUCCACUGCUCCACAAACUAUUUUUAAUUCUGUUAACGUCUUAAUUGGAAUUGGUUUGUUAGCACUUCCACUUGGCUUAAGAUAUGCCGGAUGGAUAUUAGGGCUUCUGAUGUUAAGCAUUUUUGCGUUCAGUACUUUCUGUUCUGCUGAGUUGUUAUCUCGAUGUAUUGAUGCGGAUCCUACAAUGAUCUCCUUUGGUGAUUUAGCUUAUGCAGCAUUUGGUUCAAAUGGUCGUGCUUUGAUUUCACUUUUGUUUACACUGGAUUUAUUAGGUUGUGGAGUUUCCUUGGUUAUCUUAUUUGGUGAUUCACUAAACGCAUUAUUCCCCAUGUACUCGGUCACUUUCUAUAAGAUGGUUGCUUUCUUUCUCAUUACUCCUCAGGUAUUCAUGCCACUAAAUCUAUUAUCAAAUUUUUCCUUACUGGGUAUCGUUGCAACGAUCAGUACUGUUUUAACGAUCUUCUUUUGUGGUAUUUUUAAAACCACAAGCCCAGGUUCCUUAUGGCAUCCUGCCCCAUCUCAAUUGUGGCCUAUGUCAUUUUUAGAGUUCUGCUUAUCAAUUGGUCUAUUGAGCGCAUGCUGGGGUGGUCAUGCUGUGUUUCCUAAUUUGAAAGCUGAUAUGAGACAUCCGCAGAAAUUCCAUUCUUGUUUGAAGACAACCUACAGUAUUACAGCCUCCACAGAUAUGGGUAUUGCCGUAGUCGGAUUUUUAAUGUUUGGCAAUGCAAUAAAAGAUGAAAUUACUAGAUCAGUGAUGCUGACAAAGGGUUACCCACAGGCAAUAUAUGUUUUAAUAUCCGUGUUGAUGGCCAUAAUUCCUAUUGCUAAAACUCCCUUAAAUGCAAGACCCAUUAUUUCCACUUUAGAUGUAAUGACAGGAGUCCGGGAUUCAGAGAACGAAAUGGACGAAGAGAAGUCAUAUUUUACAAAAAUCACCAAAUUUUUGAACAGAAUCGGUACCAAUAUUGUAUUUGUCCUAUUAGCAAUCUAUUUCCCGGAGUUCGAUAAACUGAUCGCAUUUUUGGGAGCUGGAUUAUGUUUUUUGAUAUGCUUGAUCUUACCAUGUAUGUUCUAUUUAAGAAUAUGUGAAGAAAGAGUUCUACCAUGGGAACGUUUUGCAUGCUACCUGACAAUAUUUAUUAGCUCUGUAUUGUCUAUUUUAGGUAUCACUGCUGCUAUUAUCGCUUAA